AUGCCAUACAACACUCGCCGCAAAUCUUUGUCUCUCCCAUCGCUGGGCAUUCAUGUCCCAGGGAGCCAUCCAAGUCGCAGUUCGGCCACCGCCGCUCCAAGUCGAAGCAAUUCCGAAAAUGGAGGAAACCGCGUAACAAUUACAUCGACAACAAUAGCGCGCCCGAGUAAGAGACAAAAACGCUCGCAUGGAGAUGGAACAGUGCAGGGGCCGACGUCACAAAAACAUACCGGAGACGCUGUAGUUUUUGAUCAUACGCCACCGCCGUCUCCGACAAGAAGUAAUGUCGAGAUGCAGGAAUCCCACAGCGACUCCGAAUCUGCCCCUCACAUGAAGAUUGAGGGAAUCAACGAUGAGAUUGUAGAAGCUACCAUUGCCCAAUUACAGGCCACCUGUAACCGACCUCAUCUGGUGCGAGAGCUGGCAACUGUGCUUUCGCAGCAGAUCCCAAUUGUCAAGAACUCUGCAAACCCAUGCGCCAUUGUUUCCUCCCGCCUCUCCGCCUACCUGAAGCGAUCCUGUUGGAGUGGUCGGGUACCUUGCCCAAUGGCCAAGGAACUCGAAAAGAUACACCCACGCCGGACAUAUUUCUAUCUCACAACGCGGCCAAGACUGCCUUUCCCAGACUCUCCGGCCUUCGCUCAGCGUGCAGUCAUUUCUCCAUCUCUUUCCAGCAUCGCAUCUGGAUCCGAAGAUGGUGACGACAUCGACCUUCGCCGGCGGGAUUUAAGCCCGUCCCCUGAGGUUGAUCUUUCCUCUCCUGAAUUUGAUGAUGGUGACGACGACUUUGCCAUGCCUACUACUCCCGUCGGGUCACUACCAAGCAGUUUCCGGUACUCAAGAAGUCAACGCAGUGCCUCUCCUCCUCUGGAGAAGGAUGAACGAGAGUUUACGCAGACGGCAGACGGUCUGCAGAAACGCAAGCUCGCCCGCGAACUGUCUUUGUCGGGUAAUGGCGAGCAAUCUACCAACGCCUAUGAACCGGCUCGGGAUGAUGGCAUGUUCGACGAGAGAACCGGCGUGGCCGUUAACAGCGGGUUAGCAAAUAUGCAUCAGUUCAUGACAAGCCCAGCCUUCAAGGCAACCGUCCCGGCGAGCGCCAGAAAGGAAAGUGACGGUGACAGCUGGUUCAAGCUGGGAGGCCUCCUAGAAUGGGAUCAUAGCCCUGAAAGCAUUGAACUUGAUGAACUCGAUUGUUUGCUGGACUCUUGUUAA